GAAAGGGAAACAGAAGUGGAAACGAAGCGCUCGGCCCAAGGUCUAAAGCGGUUUCGGGUCGGCGUCUGGGAGACCAACGGGCAGGAUUCUAGAUGGAUGCAUGGUUUUCCCUCAUUCCUGCCUUUACUCCUCAUGCCCCGUGUUUUCCUCUUCUAUAUAAUCUGCUCGAGGUCAUCUUCAAAAGACUAAUACAAAACAUGCAUAAGUGGAACAAGGUUAACGGCAGAUCUGGAAAGACUUCACAACCCCGCUCAGACCAAGACUCAUUUCUAGAUGAAGAUCUGUUUCCAGACCAACCCUCGCUUUCAGGCAGAGGCUCCUUCUCAGAUCAAGACUCAUCGACAGAUGGAGACUCCAAAGAGUUUGUUGGAUUGAUCAACCAAGGUUCGACCUGCUAUUUGAAUGCCCUGCUUCAGUGUCUUUUUCUGACACCAGAGUUCCAGGAAAAAAUCAGCGAGGAGCCUCCUCGGUCAUCUACGGUUGAGGAGCGACUCGGCCAGGUAUUUAGGAAGCUGAAGGAAAAGAAAUCUUCUGUGGAAACCCGGGAACUCACCCAGUGCCUGAAGCUGAGCCCUACCCUUCAAAGGGACGUCACUGAAAUCUUUCAUCUUUUACUCUUCUACCUGGAUAGAGAUGAUUUAAGGGAGGUGUUCGAGAGCACACUGAUGAACACCAUCGUGUGUCAGGAAUGUCAGUACGCUGAGAAUGUUGAAGCCGAAAGAAAAACGCUUCUCGUCUCUCUGCCUAUAAACGGAGACACUGUCAGUGUGAAAGCAGCUCUCGACAAUUUCCUCCAAGACACGACUUUUGGGGAUCAGGACAACAUGUUUUACUGUGGACAGUGUGAUCGGAAAACCCCAGCAAACAUGGCCCGGCCUGGUGUUGAGGCGGAAAAAAAGCGUCCUUAUUCCGGAUACGCUUCUCAUCCCCGUUGGCCUCAGCCUUCCUCGCACGUCACCUCGCCCACACACGUGCUUAUCUGCAAAGCCUCGGCGAGCCUCUCUGACUCCCUGCCUGCGGCUGGGGGCGGGAUCGCAACGAAACAGACGUUCACGGCAGUCCCUCCGGUUCUGGCCAUACAGCUCAGGAGAUUUGAAAUGAGAGAUGGGAGACUUCAGAAAUCAAACAUUCCCGUUGAAACCUCCCAAACCUUAGAGCUUCAAACUAUCGAGAAGGAAACGAAACAGUACAAGCUCUUUGCUGUUUGCCAUCAUCAUGGAACUCACGUUGGCGGCCACUACACAGCCCACAUCCGUCCUGCUCAACAUAACAGAUGGUAUCAUUUCAAUGACCAGAGCGUUACUGCGAGUGAACAGUUUGCAGAAGAAGAGUACAAAAGGUCCUCUUAUUUGCUGAUGUAUCGCCAGGACAGAUUCAAACCAAGAGCAGAGAGAACUGGUGCAGCGGUGAUGAUGACCGAGCCCAGGAAGACAACAGUGAAGCCUAAUGGAGAUUUUCAGCACUUAAAACGACACUCUCGUGAAGCAGAACCUCACACGGGGAGCACUGGCGAUAAGGGGGCUGAGAAAUCAGGAAGAGCAGAAGGCAAAAGGGUAGAGGGUGCAGGAGUGGAGAAGCCUAGCCCAGACGGGGAGCCUCCCUUGAAUAAUUCCCAGGGAAAUCCCACAGAGAUGUCAGAAUGUUUUCUAACUCUUAACCGCACAAGCUCACAGCCUUCUCGGAGAUCUAGGCCUCAGGGAUACCACAGGGCGGCCUCACCUCCCAGUGAAUUUUCUGGUGGGGUAAGGAGGAGCUGGGAGGAAUUAGGAUAUUCCAGCCCCCAAGGCAUCUCUCCCGACGGUAUCCACCAAAAGGAUCCCUUGGAGUCAGAGACAAACCCAGUACAAGGACCUGAUGGGCCACAGCAAAUAGGUCCCUUUGCACAGAAAGACAGUUCGGAACUGCAGUGGAUCAAGGCACAGAGGUUUGGCACCUCCUCAGGACUCCCCCAGGGGACUUGGGGCCCCCCACCAGUCAGUCCAGGCAACAGAAACAGGACGAUGGGGCAAGAAAAAGAAGUCCACCUGAUGGGCCGGUACCACGCCAGGGACCCUGAACAAUCUGUCUCCACCGAGAGCGCUGCUGAUAGGGGGCCUGAAAGCCAGGAAGAACAGAGGCCAAUCUCAAGGGUAGAGGGUGCAGGAAUUGAGAAGCGUAGCCCAGAUGGGGACUUUCCCAUGGGUGAAGCAGAAUCUCACAUCGGAAGCACUGGUGAUAAGGGGCCCGAGAGGCAGGAAGAAACGAUGAUACCAGGCAACGGGGUAGAGGGUGCAGGAAUGGAGAAGCGGAGCCCAGACAGGGAGUCUCCUUUGAGUAAUCUCCAGGGAAAUCCCACAGAGAUGUCAGAAUACGUGCUAACUCUCGACCACCCAAGCUCACAGUAUACUGGGGGAUCUAGGCCUCGGGGAUACCUCAGGGAGUCCUCACAGCCCACUGAAUUCUCUGGUGGGGGAGGGAAGAGCAGAGAGGAACUAGGACAUCCCAGCCCCCGAUGGAUCCGCCCUGACAGUAUCCACCAAAAGGAUCCCUUGGAGUCAGAGAGGUCCCCAGAGACGAACCCAGUUCAAGGACCCGAUGGGCCACAGCAAAUAGGUCCCUUUGCACCGAAAGAAAGCUUGGAACGGGAGACGAUCGAGGUGCUAAGUUUCUUGGAAGAGUGGCUCAAGGUACUGAGUUUUGGCACCUCCUCAGGGCCCCCCCAGGGAAUCUGUGGCCCCCCACCAGUCAGUCCGGGCAGCAGAAACGGGACGAUGGGGCAAGAUGCAGAAGGCCGGUACCACCCCGGGGACCCUGAACAAUCUGUCUCCACCGAGAGCGUUGCUGAUAGGGGGCCCGAAAGCCAGGAAGAACAGAGGCCAAUCUCGAGGGUAGAGGGUGCAGGAAUUGAGAAGCGUAGCCCCGAUGGGGACCUGCCCAUGGAUGGAGCAGAACCUCGCACCGGGAACACUGGUGAUAAAGGGCUUGAGAGCCAAGAACGGAUGAUGCCAGGCCAAAGGGGGGAGGGUGCAGGAAUGGAGAAGCGGAGCCCAGACAGGGACCUUCCCAUGGAUGAGUAAGUCACAUUCGCGAGGAGCUCUUUGCUAAGCGUCUACCUCUUAUUCCAGGGAGUGUUGGGAAAGGGAACUCGAGAAUAAAAGAAAAAUGAGAAGCAG